GGAAGCUGCGAACAAACAAACUCAGCAGUCAGCUACUUGUUUGGAAAAAGAGGAAUGGAGUGUUGGAUGAGCCGGAGGGAGGGUGUGUGAGGAAGAGGAGGACGAGCACUGGAAGGUGAAAAGGUGGAGAAGUUGGCUUCAUGUCCCCGUCCAGCAGAUUUAGUGUCAGUGCCCGGUGUCACCGGAGCUGAAGAGGAGAGCUGUGAGUGGAGAUCAAACUUCUUGGAUAUGAAACUACUUUUACUUGAACUGAUUGACCUGGAUGUGACAUCUGGACCUCAACUUUUGAUAGUGAUUUCUUCAGCGAUGUCUGUGAUUCUUCUCACCACUUAAUUGGACAUUAGGAGCCUCUCCACAGCAACAAGUGCUUCACUGAAGUCAAACUGACUGAGUGAGUGAGUGAGUGAGUGAGUCGGGGAUUUCCAGAUCUGAGACACAGUGUUGCCCUCUGCGGUCUGUGCAGUCAGCAGCUUCAUGCACAACUUACCCAACAAGUUUUAAAGCCAAAUUAAUCCUGGAAAUGAAACUGCAGCAUCCUAGAUUGUUAUAUGCAUGUAAAACCUGCAAAGACAGCAGCUGACAAUAUUGAGAGACACUUUACUGUGAUAAAUGAUUAUAUUUAACUGACUAUUUUUAAAUUAAAACCGGUACAAACUCACCCUGAGGACCUCCAAAUAUAAAGUUCAGCCCUGCUCCUCCUGCAGGACUCUGGUUGUUGGUGCUUUACUCUCUGUUGCAGGAUUUUGGAAAAAUACAAAGAGCCGGAUUUACUCUUUGAGACACAAAUACGUCUCAGUAAAAUGAGUAUUUGAUUGUAUGUAGAGACAAGCAGAAAGACCAGAAAUAGGAAGAGGAAGACCAACUGCCUACAACUUUUAAUGACAGAGAGAAAUUAUCCACCGACCGUCAUCAACCAUCAGCAGAUGGAGAGUAAGGAGGAGCUGAAGUUUGGCGGAGCGGCCAUGUCUCUGCCUGCAGACCUGAGCGGCCUGCAGGGCGGCGGGGGAGCAGAGGCGCUGGCGACGCUGGAGAAACAGCUGAUCUGUCCCAUCUGCCUGGAGCUCUUCAACAAGCCGGUGGUCAUCCUGCCCUGCCAGCACAACCUCUGCAGGAAGUGUGCCAACGAGCUUUAUCAGCCGUCCCUGUUCCAGGCUCGCACCACCAUGAUGGUAAACAGCGGCCGCUUCCGCUGUCCGUCCUGCAGACAUGAGGUGGUGCUGGAUCGCCACGGUGUCUACGGCCUGCAACGGAACCUGCUGGUGGAGAACAUCAUCGAUGUCUACAAACAGGAAGUCAGCAACAACAACAACGCCUCAAGCCCCCUCCCUCUUCCUCCUUCUCCUGCUCAGCUCACCUGUUCAGACCACGAGGGGGAGAAGGUGAACAUCUACUGCCUCACCUGUCAGGUUCCUACGUGUUCUCUCUGUAAAGUGUUCGGAGCUCAUCAGACCUGUCAGGUGGCUCCUCUGACAGACGUCCACCAGCAGAAGAAGGAUGAGCUGAGUGAAGGCGUCAGUUCUCUGGUGGCGUUCAACGACAAAGUCCAGGCUCUGAUCGAUGGCCUUGAGGAGACGUGCAGAACCAUAGAGGAGAACUGCAAGAUUCAGAAACAAAGUGUGUGUGAGACGUUUGACCGAGUGUUUUCCAUCCUGGAGGAGAGACAGAAGGCGAUGGCGCAGCGAAUCAGCUCAGAGGAGGAAGAGAAGACAGGCCACGCCCAGACGUUAGUGCGUUGCUAUGGAGAGAGCGUGGAGGCCAACAACAAGCUGGUGGAGAGAGCAACGAGCAGCAUGGAGGAGCCGGACAUGGCUGCUUUCGUUCAGAAUUCAAGAGAGCUGAUCAAACAGGUGAUAACAGCGACCGGCUCGUGUCCAGCUGCGACACUGAAACCAGGUUAUGAGAGUUUGAGCCACUACAGAUUUAACUUCAGCCGACAGGAGAGAGCUCUGAGGAGCAUCGACUUCCCCAAAGUCGUGGAAGACGUUCCUGAAGAACCGGAGGUGGAACAAGAGCCAGAAGAACCUAAAGAGCCAUCAGUGGAGAACAUAGACCCAAAACACCAUCAGGAAACCUCCACCCAGAACCUUGAAUCUGUUUCAGAACCAGUCAAAGAGCCGAUCCCAGUGCUGGUAUCCUCACCAGUGGAACUGGCUGCAGUAACACCAGCUCCAGGUGUGGUGAGGGACUCUGUGGAACCUGCAGGGGCGGUUCUCCUGCCAGAGACUGAGGACCUGGACUUAGAUGACAGAGGAUCAAGUGUGAUGAAGAACAAAACAGAGGAGGAGGAGGAGGAAGAGGAGGUGGAGGAAGAGGAGGUGGAGGAGGAGAGAUGUGCAGCUCCUGUUCCUGUUAAAGAGGGAAACAUCUGUGAGGAGCAGGAGGGGAUGAGCACACAGCAGUGUGAGGCAGUAGGUGAUGCAGGCGAUCGGACGGCACAGACUGAGACAGAGGACAAACAGAAAGCUCAGGAUGAAGAAGAAAUGAUGAAGGAGGAGAUUGAUGCUAUGUUUUACCCCAGCUGGUACAAACCCAGCAGCUGGCGCAGGAUGAGCCCCGACCCUGCAGAUAUCCUGACAAAGGUGUGUGAUGCAGAGCAGACGACGUGUUCACAACCAGCUGGAGAGUCACUCUCAGAGGCCGCGGUCCAGACUGAGGCCGGAGGCGCAGUCCAAGUCAUGUCUGAGGCCCAGAUACAACCAGAACCUGCGGGGAGUCUGGAGCCAAACCCCAGCGAACCUCCACCUGGUCCUCAAGAGCUUCACACGCAGACAGAAACCCAACCUCUGUCUGAUAUUCCCAUUGAGCUGGGCAGUGCUUCUACUCCUGCUCCUCAAACCCAGCCAGUGGAAGAAGUUGGAGUCACAGAGCAGGAAAACGAUGAAGAGGAGAUGCAGGGCUGGGUGUGUCUGCCCGGAGCUGUGGAUAAAAGCUUCAGCCUGGUGGAGGGUAGCUUCGAUCUUGGAGACAGUUUGUCUGAUAACAAUGAUAGUCCGUCAUCUGUAGCACCAGAGGAGGCUGAGGGUGAGAGUUUGGAGGUGAACAAAGAGAAGUCUGAGUCCAGUGAUGAAAGGGUGGAGGACGCAGAGGAGAAGGAGGUUAACUUAGAUCUAAAGUGUGCUUCAGAGCUGAAGGACAGAGAGGGUGAGUUAGAGGCUGAGGCGAUAAAAGGAGGGCUGGAAGAAGGAAGCAUGAAGUCUGACAGGAAAAAAAAAGAUGCAUCUGUGAGGGAGGAUGGCUCUGAACCAAAAAGUGACAGCUUGGGUGUGGGGAGCAUUAACAGUUUGACAGAAGGAGGAGGAGACACAGAGUUUGAGGCUGGUAGUUCAGAGUUUGCAGGAAAGAAAGAGAAGAACGGAGAGAACAGCGAGCAGCCUGAAGACUUAAUGGAAAUGAGUUUUGCUGAAGCUGAAGAGAACAUAAGCUCCUCUGUGUCUCUCCAGACGGAGACUGAGACAAGGAGUCCUGCACAGACCAGUCCUCCCCUCUCCUCCUCCAUCCCUUCCUCCACUUUCACCCUCAGCGAGGCUCCUCGUCGGCCCAGUUUCAGCUUCUCCUGGCUGAACCCCCUCCACAAGAAUAAGUAGAGGAAGGAGAGAAGUGUUUGGAGGUGUUGUCUUGUUGAGGAGAUAAAGAGAGAAAGAUGCACUCCAGAGUCAGUUUAAUCAGCUCAGUGCUGCCCUGAGACUGGAAACACUUGAUCUUUGAUAAAACUUCAGUUGCAGUCAUUUUAUCAACGGUCUGUUUUGUUCCUAAUAUUAAUUCAGUUUGAAUU